AUGGAAGUUGAUCCAAAUGUGCGGCAUCAUUUUGAAACCCUGGAAUUCAAUGACGCUAAUGUGAAGACUGGUUGUAACCCAGAGGAAGAACUGAUAAGAAUAGAUCUUAUUAAAAACGGUGGUGAACGUAUUGCACAUCACGAAAGUAAUAAAUUGAAAGCUGACAGUGUUCGUGGGGCUUUGGGUGACAGGAGGAAUACCAGUUACUUACUGCAAUCCACAAAAUUAGGGAAGGCUGGCGUUGAUAAACUUUAUCUAAAAGACAUUCCGAAGUCUUUUGAAGUUUACUGCGACAACUCAUCGGCGAAUGAUUCAAAUAAUAAAGAGUGUGAAAAAAGAAAGGCUGAAUCAGCCGAUGAACAGUUUGAACGUGUAGAUCCAGAUGCUACUGUUGAAGGUUUUAGUACUGGAGAGGAAGAAGGUAUUCUUCAAGUUUAUUUACUAAAAACGAUUUCUGGUCAUGUAGUGUUCUGUCCUAACAAGUGGAACGGUAUUUCAGAAAGCUUUGGUUGGAAGUAUGACUUUGGUUUUGACAGUUUAGUUUGUUCAACAUUUUCUAGACUGAACGGUAACUCUUCUAUUCCUCUGGAAGCCAGUUCAGAUGUGGACGACACGGUACUGGUUGACGACUGGUAA